GUGGUGUCUGGUUGAAGGGCAAAUGAUUUUCUUUUCUGUUCGACGUUCCGGAGUUCAUCCAUUCUAAUCACAAUGAAAUCAUCUCACCGGUGUGUAUCCAUAGUGAAAAAAGAAGCUGAUGGUCACGACACUGACGAAUAGCAGUCAUAAAACGAGUUUGGAGAUCUUCAACUCUUCUGUUUCUUUUCAUCCUCGUUUUGGCCACCUGGAACAAAUUGGCGAGUGGAAAGCUGGAAAAGGACCUCAGAUGAUGGGGCAAUCAACACCUGGAUGAUGAUCCUCCCCUUUUUUUCAAGCUUCUGAUUAGAGAAAAGGUGUUGACGACGACUAAUGUACAACACAUGCAGCUCCGGAUGAGAAACUUAUGGUCCAUUUUCUUCUCCAGUGGCAAGAUACCAUAAACAGAGUUGCCAACCCGGAUUCAAUGGAAAGAAAUGGUUACGUUUUAUUACAUUUCCGAAGGAUACUCUGAUUUCCCACUGUGGUUCGGGAAAAAUAAAGUUGAUUGGCAGUGAAGGGAAAGAGGAGAAUUACCAAUGGCAACCCUUCAUUCCAGCUCAACGGGUGGCGGCGUCGCUUCCGGCGCCGCUGGGGGACGAACAUCUGUCGUCCGGGCGCCGAUCAGCGCCUCGCUGCCCAGCUUGUUUGCCCGAACAUUACCGACGCAAUCGAACCGACAGCCGGCCAGCCGCGAUCGUCGGGGACGUCUCGUGUCGACGGAAUGCCAAACGGAAAUGGAGGAUUCCGUUUCUGUUCAGCAAAACGUGCGCGUUGAAAACGCCCGCAAUGAAACAACGACGACGUCAGGCAUCUUAUUGGAUCCGAGUGGCCGUCGGAGUAGGCCCGUCUCGCAGUUGAGUGAGAGUGGAUUGAGUGGUGUGGAAGAGGCCGUCACCGAGUUGGAACGUGUCGGUCCGCCUCGGCGGAGGCGACGUGAGAAACGACGCCACAGACGCUCACAGGUGCCGGCUCAACCGCUUCAGCAACACGUCCAGCAGGCGUUGCACGAUCAGACGGAAUUGUCUGUUGAUUCGUUGGCUGCGCCCGUCUCGCCCAGCAGCUCGGAUCAUCUGCCCGACAUACUCAACGCCCACAUGCCUCCGCCGUAUUCGACGUUGCCACACAAUAGCGAACGAUGCAUGGGCAUGGGACCUAUCCCCAUUACGGCAUUGCCCGUCCCAUUGUCCGUCGUUCCCAUGGCCAUCGGGCCGACGGCCGCCAGUGGUGGCUUAUUGGUUCCUCCUUCCACCACCACAACUCCGGCCGUAGUAGUGCCCGCUGGCGGAGGCACUACUUCACUUUUAGCAGCCAGCAAUAGUUUCACCUUGCCGCCAGCCGGUGGUCGAAGAUCGCGAGGAUCGAUGUACGCUGGCGAAGAGAGCGGUAAAUCAUGUUGCGGAGUGAUGGUGACGCAAACGGUAUCGAUUCGCUGGUUCAUCGUCAUGAUCGCUUUUGUCGGCAUCUGCUGCGCUGUUGUCGGAACUGUCCUCGGUGCCAUGAGAUCUUCCGGACGGGAACACCUAACCGUCUCCCUUCUCAUGAUUGGUGUGGGCAUUGUGUUGAUCACGGUCAGCACGAUAGCCUGGAGGCUGACGUCACAGGACGCCCCGUCGUGCCGGGCCAUGAUGGGACUGGGUGGAUCCUCCAUGACGGGCGCUGGCGGAUUGCCUGUGGCGGAAAAUGGCGAAUGCGGAGCUGGAUUAACGAACGCCGGGGGAGUGGCUGAGCCCAGUGGGCGUCGCUUUCUCUCACGAAUUCCGCCGACUUACGGACGGCCUCACCAUCCUUACGCCGCCAUGAUGUAUCCGGAAUUCCAAUAUCGGCCUCCUCCGCCGUCCUAUCAGGCGUCCAUGCAAGAAUAUCGGCUAAGGUUAUUGUUACUCGAUCGGGAUAGACAUCAACAACAAAUGCAGCAGCAACAACAACAACAGCAGCAGCAGCAGCAGCACAGCACGCCUCUUAGUCGGGCGUGCGUGGCCGCUAGUAACGUGACGGUACCGCCCGUUUCGCCUCCGCCGACCUAUCGGUCACAAGCCAAUACUCUUGUCAGGCCGUCAUUGCCAAUUAGGGAGAGCGAAAUUAGCCGUCCGCCAAGUUACCGAUCGAGGAGUAGUGCCUCGACGGCUCUUGAAGCCCGGAGCGAAUCUCAGCCGCCAGCGCCGCAACAGCAACGCGCGGAAGAGCCAACGCCGUCCACGGAGGCAUUAAUUCAUCAUCAAGCGAUGGUUGAAGCUAAAAUCAAAAGUGCUCCGUUCGACGAAGGGCUGCUUUCGCAAACGAGCAAACGAGACAAGGAUAAUAACACAGUCACGAUCGUGCAGACCAAUUCGUCCAGUCAGGUGCUCGGCUGCCACAACGGCCAAUCGUCGCCCGUUUUGGUUACAGUCACGACGUCUCCCACUGUUCACCAUCAGCCGUCUUCCUCCUCACCAACCAACUCACAGAAUCUCCAAGUUUUGGCGCAAUUAUGACAUCGCUCAUAAUUUAGUUUUUCCUAAGAGAAUUAAUGCUGUUAUGAAAUGUCCAUUCAUAGCACAUUCUUUUUUUUUUUUUUGAAACCUUUUUGUUUUUAUCGUCUUCGGAUUGCGCGUACCUUCUGGAGAAAUUUGGCAGAGUCUCUUUAUUUUUUUUUUUUUCAGGGAAAAAAAGAAAAGUCAUUGGAACUCGUUGCAGCCGUUCCAAAAACAACUCGGCAAAGACCAUAAAUCAUUUUGUUGACAAGUUCCUACGCGUCUCGUAUAUACAUUAUACAUAUUCUUCCGAUCGGAUCGAUUCGCCAUCCGAGACACUCAAAAUCUUUGUUUUUUCUUCUCCUUUUGCGCUAAAAAAAAAGUUUCAGAUUUCGCGGGGGGUGAACAUUUUUUUUUUUCUCUCUUCUAUGUGCAUGCUAAUGAAUUAUUGCGAUUUUUUGUUUUUCUUUAAAAAAAACAAAAACAAAGGCUGAAAUGGAUUGCCUCAGGGAACGCAGGAUUUUUAACGCCUGUUUGCUUUUACGCCCGUCACCAUCACAACAACACAAAAAUUUUUGAUUUAAAAUUUAAAUCAAAAUCUGAAAAUUUUAGAAUAUUUUUCCAUGAAACUAAAGAUUGCGGAUUUUUUUUUCUUUUUCUUUUUUGGUAUUUCGGGAAAGAAAAAAAAAAUCAAAUCCGUGGCUUAUACAUGGCAGCGUCGUAUUGAUCCGCCUGCUUUUAAAAAAUUGUUUUUCCCCUCAUGUCUCUAUUGAACCAAUGACGUGUACAUUAGGGUUCUUCCUUUUUUGGGUAUCUUAAAUAAUUGGUUAAAAAAAAAAAAAAAAAGAAAACAACUCGCCAUUUUUUUCUUUUUCAAAUGCUUUUGUAUAAAAAAUAGAUGUUUCUCCAUCGUUCAAAAAACUCUUCCAAGUCAACAAACUAUCUUUUUCCCAUUUUUUUUUUGUCUCUAAAUAAUGAAAUUGUGUGGUUUGUGUGCAAAAAAAAAAAAUACAACGUCGUUAUUUGUCUCCUUAAUGCAAUUUAUAGUCGUGAUUACGAUAGUCUUCCGCACAAGGAUCGUCCCAGGGAUAUUUGUCUGUCACAGGAAAGCAGCGGACAGAUCUUUUUUCCCGCCCGUUCUUAUCAAAACAACAUUUGUGUUUCUUUUCUAGUUCGUACGCCGAAGAUUCCGUUUGAUCCAUCCAGUACGGAAGCGAGAAAUCAGGUUUAUCGUCAUCGGUAAUUUCUUUUCCUGCGAAAAUCGGCAACGGUGGAACCAGUAUUUUGACAAGUAGCACUAGCGGGAUCAAGAUGAUGAUGAAGGUUACUGCAACGCCCACGACUAGGUAAACGACCACUUCAGCUGUCGAUUUUCGAGCCAUGACGUAAAACCAUUGCACUUCCCAGCUGAGAAGCUUACGGAUCGCGUAUGAUACCACUUCCGUUUGUUUUGUUAACACGACUACGCGCUCCGGUGAGGGGUGGGCCGUUGGAGAAGUCACCGUUCUCUUGAAUAUCUUAGAAUAGUUUACCUUAGACAACAUUGUCACGUUACUGCCAUAAUCGGGCGGUUGUUGCCCACGCACCCACGUCACGAACAAUAAAACAAGAAAAAUGCACAGACGCAUCGAAUGCGAAAAGUUGUACGAGACACACGAUACACAACCGACGACAUGAAUCAAAUGAGGUGAAAGUGCGCUGGGAUUGUCCUAUGCAAAAAUGCGUUAAGGUCAUUCCCCCCAUUCAAGUGGUGCUUAACCCCGCGGACGCAGGGUGAUUACCCUUUAAAAAGGUAACUACAAGAUUCCACGAAUGAGAUUUAAUUACAGGAUGAUUCCAAGAAACGCCCCAAAUCCAAGGACUGUUUAAGUGAGACCUGUAAAUAAAUCGAAGAAUUUUUGUUAGUGAAAUUGUGUACGUUUGACAACUCAGCUGAUGAGGAAAAUCCUUUCUGAAUCUCGAGAAAUUCCAGUGUCUGUAACGAGCCUGCAGCAAAAACGUUAGUGAUUUUUAUCAGCAAAUUUGUAUAUUUCCUUCGACCUCACAAACGGAAAAACACACAAAAAAAAACCUUGGCAUAAAAUUAAAGGAAGAAUAGGAAACUGAAUCAACACUCUUCUUCCUCUCUGUAAGUGUAAAACUAGACACGGAUAGAUUUGCUCGUUAAAUAACUCGCACUGCAUAGAAGUGCGGGAACGAAACAAUUCAAAGGGAUGGGAUAAUUGAAUUUAUGAGUUUAUCGCUGAGAAAGACUACGGAUACUUUGAAAUCGUUGCAAGAACGAGCAUAAGAAAGGAAGAAAAAGGCAGUUCUGUACAAGAUGUUCAUAACCUUUUCAACGUUCUCUUUUUGUCCUUGACGAUGGGUUUCUUUUUAUCCGCUAAAACUGUGCGAUCAGUAGCUGCUUUCUUUGAUGCUGUCGGCCCUUCCGCUAGGUUCGUGUCUUCGUUCAAAUGUGUAUCAAUGCUUGACUACAAUUAACCAACAUAAGGAUGAGUGUAACGGCAUGAUACUUAAUUAUUGUGCAUGCUUACCUGAUGUUGAUUAAUUUUGGCAUGAAUUUCUGUCAUCAUUUUUGCUCUUUGAAAGUAAUCUUCAUAAUGCUCCAAGAGGAGCUUGCCAGCUUCUUCAUUUAAAGCUGACUCUGGGUUUGGGACAAUCAGCAAACAUUUAAUAGUC